AUGUGCCUCCGCUGUGCCUGCGAAGCCCAGACUCAGCGAAAUAUUCUAGGUGACAAUGAGUUUGAUAGCAUCAAAGUGGCCGCAGGGAAUGACAUGUCCAUCCCCACGGGAUCACCAACAACAAACAAACAUCAAGACCCAGUAUGUUUGGUUGGCCGGCGCGACGGGGGCGAAAACAUUGCCGAGCGUAAAGGCAGCCACCGACAUGAUCAUGAUUCAGGCCGGAUGCAGUCGGGCGAUAAGGAAUCUAGUGACAAAGCACGCAACGAUACCGAUCGGCGCAGCUGGUACAAAUUCUGCGGCUGCUAG